AAGAAGAAGUUUCAACAACCCAUCUUAAUUUAAGUAAUAUUCAUGACAGAAAAUGGGUCUACACGCUUAAACUCCCUUUCCCAAAAGCAGUGGCAUAUUAACACGGUGAUCACUAUCUAUAUAUCUAUAUGUUUCUUCGUAGUUAAUGGCGAUCAUUCAUAAAGAAGAAGAAGAAGAAGAAGAGGAUGGAGAAGGCUCUGGUGAUCAUAAACUGUAUAUUCCUUGCCAUUGGAAACUGUGGAGGACCUCUGAUGAUGCGUCUCUACUUCAACAAUGGCGGAAAACGCGUCUGGCUCUCGAGCUUCCUCGAAACCGCCGGUUUCCCAAUCAUCUUCAUCCCUCUCUUCUCAUCUUUCCUCAAACGCAAUCGCAAUCGCACAAGCUGCAUCAUCACAAGCAGCAGCAGCAGCAGCGACGAGAAGACGCGUUUUUUCCUCAUGAGGCCUCGUCUAUUCGCUGCUUCAGGGUUCAUAGGCAUAAUCACUGGCCUCGACAACUACUUAUACGCUUACGGGUUAGCCUUUUUGCCCGUCUCGACCUCGUCCUUGAUCAUCGCUUCCCAGCUAGCGUUCACGGCUCUGUUCGCUUUCUUGCUGGUCAAGCAAAAGUUCACGCCUUUCUCCGUAAAUGCGGUCGUGCUGUUAACGGUCGGGGCAGGGGUUUUGGCUCUGCACACGGGCGGAGACAAGCCUUCUAACGAGUCCCAGAAGGACUACAUGUUGGGUUUUGUCCUGACGGUCGCUGCCGCUGUUCUGUAUGCUUUCAUUUUGCCAUUCAUCGAGCUUACUUACAAGAAGGCUCGUCAAGAGAUGAGCUUUACUCUUGUCCUCGAGGUCCAGAUGGUUAUGUGCCUUUUCGCCUCGGUCUUCUGCCUCGUGGGCAUGCUCAUCUCCGACGAUUUCAAGGCGAUCCCAAGAGAAGCAAGAAGCUUCGGGUUGGGAGAGAGGGUGUAUUACGUGGUGAUCGCGUUCACGGCCAUAAUCUGGCAAGGCUUCUUCCUCGGAGCGAUCGGUGUCAUCUUCUGCGCGUCUUCCCUCGUCUCGGGCGUUCUGAUUUCGGUUCUUCUUCCGCUCACGGAGGUGUUAGCCGUCGUUUGCUUCAAAGAGAGGUUCCAAGCCGAGAAAGGCGUAUCUCUCGUCCUCUCCCUCUGGGGUUUCGUGUCCUAUUUCUACGGUGAAGCCAAACACUCGAAGGUCCACAAAGACGGACAGUCCGAGGCCCGGACCGAGACCGAGACCGAACUGCCUCGGCUUCCUUGUCCGUAGUCGGAGGUCGAGAAGUGAUAUUGUGGCAGAUUUUUCGUCUUGGUCUUGUAAUAGAACGAAGCAUACGUUGUAAAAGGGUAGUUUAGUAAUUGUAUAUGCAUUGUUUCACUCUAUACGCUUUGAUCUUCAUUACAAUAAUACAAAGAAAACAAUAGCCAAGGAGAAAAUAUUCAUUUGGAUCGAACA